GCUGCUUAUCCAAAACUAAGACUGGAGUCAAUAAAAUAUGUUUCAUCAAUCAUCAAUAUCUUAUGUUUCAAUGUCAGCUUUUCAAAUCGAUUCAUUCUUAUGAUUUUUUUAAUCGGAAACUUGGUAAUGUGCUGGCACUGAGAGCAUCCACUUGUGCUGUCUUACAGCUUUCUUGUGGAACCUACAAGUUGGGAGGAAAAAGGAACAUAUAUAACUUGGCUCUUGUCUUCCUGAGUGAUUAAACAUUUUGUAAACGACCACAGGGGAUAAAAUUAGCUAGGAUGUAAGAUUGUGGGAAAAUUAAUAUCUACGCUCUUUAUACUCGAGUAGAAUUCAAGAUGGAAACAGUUUCUGUCUCCUCUAUUGAGUCGGAUAUUUUGGAGGAGGAGGAAGGAGAUGUUGUUGAUAAUCUUCCAGACAUUCUUGUGCGUCAGCCACGCCGCAUGGCACCAAACUUUUCCAGUGUGCGCACAAGUAGACGCAGAACAAGUGCCCCAGCAUUGUAUCAUGCAGAUACUGAACCACUUCUGUGGGACCGCUCCUUCCAACGGAGGCAGUCUGUGACGUUACCAGAGGAUGUGGAACAGAUCUUGCCUAACAAAGACGUUACGGCAGAGUCAUUGGGAUUGAAACCUUAUAAACGGAGAUUCUACAUUUUGUUUCUGGUGCUAUGGGUGACGUUUUGCUCUGGUGCUCUCAUCUCAACGUUUCCAGCAAUCGCUCACUCAACUCAACAGGUCUAUGAAUUUACUGAUGGCGAGGUGGCUCUGCUGAAUAAUUGGGCGAGUAUCGGCUUCGUGAUCGGGUUCUUCCUCAUGAUGUGGAUUGUUGAUCAUCGAGGUGUUAGGUUUGCCACAAUAUUGACAAUCAUCUUCCUCUUCAUCGGAGCAGGGACGCGAUGUUUCGUCAUUUUCGAUCGGCAUUUAGCUAGAUGGCUCUUCCAUGUUGGAAACUUCUUUAUAGGGUUUUCAACAACAUACUUAAACAUUGCUCCGGCGACUUUAUCUGCAAUAUGGUUUCCUGUGAAUGAACGGACGACAGCUACUGCCUUGACAUCUAUUGGUGCCCUGCUGGGUUCAGCAGCAAGUGGCAUUGUGGGUCCUUAUGUGAUCACGGAAGACAUAAUCAAAAAUUGUACAAAUACAACUAAUUCUAGUCUUAUGCAAGAACAUACAUCUUGUGAACGUCAUCCCAAUGAUACGAAACAUAUUCGAAAUACACAGUUUCAUGAGUUUGAGAUUUAUCUUGGUGCUCAAACGACCUUCACGGCGCUGGCUCUGGUGUUCAUCCUCGUGUAUUUCCCUGCCAGACCACCAACACCGCCCUCUCUUUCAGCGUCGGUGCAAAAACUGCAGUUCCGACACGGACUUCUUGUAAUUCUUAAAAUGAAAGACUUCCUCCUGCUAUGCAUCGCCACUGCCUGUCCAUAUGGGGUAUAUCUCGCCUGGUUGGCACUCCUUGAUAUCAACCUGAAGGAUUUGGACAUUGUACAGAAAGAAGUUGGCUGGUUGAUAGGAGCAAAUCUUUUAUCUGGUGUUGUGUUGUCGGUCAUCAUUGGACGGGUAGCUGACUGCUGUCGACGGAAGCUCAAGUGGUUCAUGUUGAUAGAUGUGAUGUUAGCCAUCCUGUCGUUAACGUGGUUCUCUUUACAAAGAUAUGGAUUUAUCUGGUCCAGCUCGAUCACAAUCUAUGCAGCGGUCAUCCUAAUAGGAAUUGCAGCGAACAGUAUAACCCCAAUCGUGUAUGAGGCACUACUCGAGAUGACCCAUCCCGUCAGCGAGGGUAUAACACUCGGAGCCAUGGCCUUGUUCCUCAAUGUGACAUCACUCAUCAUUCUCAUGUUACCCAUGGUGCCUAAAGUCGGUGCUCACUGGUUGAACUGGUGUCUCCUUGCUAGCUACGUGAUCGCAAUGCCUCUACUGUGCCUCUACAAGCAGAGAUAUAACAGACUGAUGCUCGACGACUUGGCCAACACGCAGACGAAUGACGGCGUUAGUGAGAGAUUUGAACCAAGCGAUGCUGUCAAUUAUUGAGGAAUCGAAAGACUUUGGGGGGUGAUUGUGGAUUGGUGUGUAGAUUGGUUGUAGACUUUUAUUUCUGGUUUACACCAGGUGCCAAAUUUAUUGUCUUUGUUUAUGGCUCAGUUUAUAAUAUUGGGUUCUUGGAUUAACUGAUUAUUUUAACAACAGGGCGAGAGGGUGUAUACCGGUACUAUAUCUUUGCAUUAAAAAACAUACACUCCACAAAUGGUUAUUUUUCACACAAAUUGUAUGUUAUGUUAAUUAUGUAUGAUUUCUACCAGUUAUUUAGGUAGAUGAUGUCACUUUCUGUACUGUGUUCAUUUGGCAUCUUCAUAGACAUUUUAAACUUCAUUUAUUUGUCGACUUAUAUUAUUGCUCUUUUAACCCACCAUAAUGUUAAGCUUCAGAGCACGAUUGAGCAACCAGACUUGAGCAUGACGAGAUCUUCGAUGAGUUAAUGUUGUUCUUUCAGUUUCUUUAGUUUAAACUUGCUACGCAGUAAAUCGAUGAGAAUAUUAAACCAAUUUUCUAUGAACCUGAAAACAUACUUUCAGUCACACUGUCGUCUCGUUAUUGUGAUAAAUGUUUUAAAACAAUGCUUUGUUGAUGAUACUUUUAUAAUA